AUGUCUAAGGAAUUAGAACAAAGCUGCAACAAACAACAUAGGUGGUCUCUUCAAGGCAUGUCAGCUCUAGUCACUGGUGGUACAAAGGGAAUUGGGUACGCUAUAGUUGAGGAGCUUGCCGGUUUUGGGGCGAGUAUUUAUACGUGUUCGAGAAAUCAAGUCGAGCUUAGUGAAAGGCUUAAAGAAUGGGAAGAAAAAGGGUUUAAGGUAAAAGGUUGUGUUUGUGAUUUGGCUUUAAGAACACAAAGAGAGGAGCUUAUGAAAAAUGUGGCCAUGGCUUUUGAUGGCAAGCUCAAUAUCCUUGUGAACAAUGCCGGGAUGACUAUAAUGAAGCACGCAUCGGAUUACACGACCGAUGAUUUUGGUCGUAUAAUGACAACAAAUUUGGAGGCACCUUAUCACAUUUCCCAAUUGGGAUAUCCUUUGCUCAAAGCUUCUAAAUCGGGAAAUAUCGUGUUCGUGUCUUCUGUCGCGGGCUCCGUUGCCCUUCCUGCUCUCUCUGCUUAUGCUGCAUCUAAAGGUGCAAUAAAUCAACUGACAAAAAAUUUAGCUUGCGAAUGGGGUAAGGACAAUAUUAGAACAAACACUGUAGCUCCAUUUGGGGUUAGAACUGAUAUUGUGAAACAUGAGGUUCUGGACCCAUCGAUCCUGAAGUUUUUCGGGCCAUUAACGGGCCGAACCCAACUGGGCCGGAUUGCAGAGCCCAAUGAAGUGUCGUCGCUGGUCGCAUUUCUUUGCUUGCCGGCAGCUUCUUACAUCACCGGACAGGUUAUUCAUGUUGAUGGAGGCUUUACAGCAGGAAGUUUCUAG